CGUCUUCCAGCCACCCGCGGACGCAGGACCCGUCGGAGGCCCGCCAACCCCUGCUCGAGGCCUUGGGUCACAGGUGGCUCGCCGCCGGUCGCAUCGCCUGGACGCGCCCCACACGCCCCCUUCCCGCGCUCGGUCUAGGUCACAUCAUGCCUUCUGAGACACCUCAAGCCGAAGCGGGGGCAGCAGGGUGCCCCCACAUGUCAGGGGCACACUCAGCGAAGGGGAGCCCAGAGCAGGGGCCUCCGGGGGACAAGGACAGCAAGGACCUCCUGUGGAUCCGGCCCGAUGCCCCGAGCAGGUGCUCCUGGAAGCUGGGCAGGCCCAUCACCGAGUCCCCGCAUCACCACACUGCCUUGACAAAAUCCCCCAAAAUCCUGCCAGAUAUCCUGAAGAAAAUUGGAGACACCCCCAUGGUGAGGAUCAAUAAGAUCGGGAAGAACUUCGGCCUCAAGUGUGAACUCCUGGCCAAGUGCGAGUUCUUCAACGCGGGGGGGAGUGUGAAGGACCGGAUCAGCCUGCGCAUGGUCGAGGAGGCCGAGCGGGCUGGGACCCUGAAGCCCGGGGACACCAUCAUCGAGCCGACGUCUGGGAACACAGGGAUCGGGCUGGCCCUGGCCGCCGCGGUGAGGGGCUAUCGCUGCAUCAUCGUGAUGCCGGAGAAGAUGAGCAUGGAGAAGGUGGACGUGCUGCGGGCCCUGGGGGCGGAGAUUGUGAGGACACCCACCAAUGCCAGGUUCGACUCCCCCGAGUCCCACGUGGGCGUGGCGUGGAGGCUGAAGAACGAGAUCCCCAAUUCUCACAUCCUGGACCAGUACCGCAACGUCAACAACCCCGUCGCUCACUACGACAGCACGGCCGAGGAGAUCCUGCAGCAGUGCGACGGGAAGCUGGACAUGCUGGUGGCUUCAGCGGGCACAGGCGGCACCAUCACGGGCAUCGCCAGGAAGCUAAAGGAGAAGUGUCCCGGAUGCAAAAUCAUCGGGGUGGACCCCGAAGGCUCCAUCCUUGCGGAGCCCGAGGAGCUGAACCAGACGGAGGUGACAGCCUACGAGGUGGAGGGGAUCGGCUACGACUUCAUCCCCACGGUGCUGGACCGGUCGGUGGUGGACAAGUGGUUCAAGUGCAACGACGAGGAGUCCUUCGCCUUCGCCCGCAUGCUGAUCGCGCAGGAGGGGCUGCUGUGUGGUGGCAGUGCCGGCAGCGCCAUGGCGGUGGCCGUGAAGGCGGCCCAGGAGCUGCGGGAGGGCCAGCGCUGUGUGGUGAUUCUGCCCGACUCCAUCCGGAACUACAUGUCCAAGUUCCUGAGCGACAGGUGGAUGCUGCAGAAGGGCUUCCUGAAGGAGGAGGACCUCACGGUGAAGAGGCCCUGGUGGUGGCACCUCACAGUUCAGGAGCUGAGCCUGUCGGCGCCGCUGACGGUGCUGCCCACGGUCACCUGCGAGCACACCAUCGAGAUCCUCCGGGAGAAGGGCUUCGACCAGGCGCCCGUGGUCGAUGAGUCGGGGGCGAUCCUGGGGAUGGUGACUCUGGGGAACAUGCUGUCCUGCCUGCUCGCGGGGAAGGUGCAGCCGUCCGACCAAGUUCACAAAGUCAUCUACAAGCAGUUCAAACAGAUCCACCUGACGGACCCGCUGGGCACGCUCUCACGCAUCCUGGAGAUGGACCACUUCGCCCUGGUGGUCCAUGAGCAGAUCCAGUCACAGGACCAGGCCUUGGCAGGAGUGGUGGGGGGGCCCGCAGACCACAGCCACGGGAAGUCCAGCAAGAGGCAGAUGGUGUUCGGGGUCGUCACCGCCAUUGACCUGCUGAACUUCGUGGCUGCCCGGGAGCGGGACCGGAAGACCAAGUCAGCAGGAGCCUCGGAACCCAGAGCUGGCGGGGCCGCGGCCCAGCUCUGACUCCGCGCACGCCGCCUGCUCUUUGGCUCUCUCGAACACUAACCAACAAGCCGUGUGCCUUCCAGCCACCGGCGGUGGGCACCGCCCCGCUGCCAGGGGCAGCAAGGAGCAGGUGUAGGAGGCUCAGCCGGAGGCCAGUGGAAAUGUUCAUUUCCCUUUUAUUAAUCCCUGACCCUUGGAGAAGUAGAAUGUGCUCUUCUUUACCUUUCUGUUAAAGUGUUUCAACAAGGAAAUCGCAUUGGAAGGGACCUCAGCCGGGUUGACGAAUCCGUGCAAUGGCGGGGCCAGAGUGGACCGGAGGUGGGAGGAAGUGCCUUUUCCAGAGGAGGAUCGGGGUGGGGGGGGGGAGCAGCAGAGGGGGCCCAGGAAGCAUGGGUCGGCUCAGUGACCCUCGCGCGGCUUUCUGCCGGGGGCGGGUUUGGUUAGAGGGGCUUGAGUGUUCGGGGUCUUUAAAUUGAGGUGCAAUUCACAUACCUAAAAUGAACAGGUUUUAAAUGUAUGAUUCAGUGGCGUUUAUUACAUUCAAGAUGUUGUACAGCUACCAGUUCUGUCAAGUCCC